AUGGCAGUUGAGGAGGACUCGGGGCCCGAGCCGGCUGCUGCCUCCACCCCGGAGACCCCCCACACCGGGCGGCCUCAAUUUGUUUCUUUCAGCGAGAGCGUCCAGCCGGCCGUCGGGAUGGUGAGCCAGCUGCUAACCCACCCGUCGUCCUUAAAGUUUGAUAAAAACAUCAAACAGGCCUUCUACAACACGGGGGCGAUGAUCUUCGUGGCUAUCUGCUGCGGGGCGGCCGUCCUGGUCUACUUCAUCCUGGAGGCCUUCCUCCGCCCGCUCCUCUGGGCCGUGCUCUGCGGCACCUUCCUCCACCCCUUCAAGUACUCCCUCGCCCGGCUCGGCCGCUCGUGGCUCAGCGGCCUGCAGGACACCGGGACGCCCAUCGUCGUGGGGACCCUGCUGGUCCCGGUGUGGGGCGUCAACUACGGGGUGGAGGCGAUGGGCCGGCUGGUGCUGGAGAGGCUCACCGUGCUGCUGGUGAUCGGAGCCGGGGCGCCGCUGCUUUAUUUCCUCUACCUGUUCUGGAGCGUCAUCGGUGUGCAGGUGGUCCUGGGUCACGUCUGUUGGGUCAUCGGAGUCGUGCUGGACUGUUUCCACGUCGCGUGGGUGUCCGGCGUUGUGGUCGGCUACUUGCUGGCGGUUUGUCUGAAGUGGAGUCCUCGCACCGAGCGGUACCUCAGGGCUUUUGCUCUUCCCGUCUGGGCUGCGCUGCUCUUCUAUCUCGUGUCUCUCACCGGCUCAUGGAGAGCGCCCAUAUUUGUGGUUGUAGUAAUACUCCUGAUCGUGGGCUCUCAGGAGAAACCGCCCAUUUCUGAAAGAGGAGAGCUGCCGGGACAGAUGCUGUCAUUUGCUGCAAACACCAUUUACAUGGCCAUUUCCUGUAGCAAUCUAAAGCCAAAAACUGAGCCUGGUGAGAACUCCAACCCCGACGGCGUUCAGUCAGUCGGCCCCCUGCCCUCCACCCCUGGGUUCCCCCGCUCCUUACAGCCGGGGCUCCUACACAGAGAGAAGAGUAACCGUAAAGCCAGCGACAUCUACUUCAUCAUGCUGGUCUGGGCCAUUGUGCUCGUUCAGGUGUGGCUCAACUUCUGGAUCCUGCAGCUGCUGCCAAUCCCCGUGGCUGUGUGGGUGCUGAAGAAGCUGGUGGUCCACUUCGGCGUGAAGAGCUUUGCAGAGCGCACCCUCAGCUCCUGGUGGAGCGUGCUGGAAAGGUUUGGGCGUGAGCGUGAAGAAGCCCUGCUGCCUGGACCAAUCAAAGGCCUGGCUCAGUUCCUGCUGCGCAUCGACACCAAGAUGAUCGUGUGGUUGGAGCGAUCGCUGGAUAAAAUCAUCAGCAUCUUCAUCAUCUUCCUCCUGGUCACAGGGACUCUACUUAUGGCUCUUCUGCUCACUGCUAUGGUUCAUCAUGAAAGUGCUCACAUCGUCGAGGUCACCAGUAACCUCAUCAACGAGACUCUGUCCAACCAUCCAGAAUGGGCCAAUUGGCUUCCAGAAGCUCGUGUUGUGCAGAAAGCUCUGAAUUCAGCUGCUACUAACGUGUAUCAGCACGGGAGAGAGUGGAUCACACAGAAGCUUCACAAGAUGUUAGGAGAUAAAGUGAACAACACAGCAGUGAUCGAGAAGCAGGUUCUGGAGCUUUGGGACCGACUGUACCAUUCCUGGUUUGUGAAGAACACGACCUUAUCCGGGCGCCACCGUGGGCAGAAAAUGGUCCAGAGACAGAACAGCUGGUUGGGGGACAUCUUGGACUGGAAGGACAUCGCCUCCUUUCUACAGGAGAACAUCGAGACUCUGCUCUCGAUUUUGGAGUCUCUGUGGGUGGUGAUGAGCAGGAACGUUGGCCUCCUUAUUUCCACCACCACCACGCUCCUCACAGUCUUGUUCCACAGCGGCACGGCUCUGCUCAACUUUGCUCUGAGUCUGGUGAUUUUUCUCACCACUCUGUUCUAUCUGCUGAGCUCCAGUGGCGAGUACUACAAACCUGUGAAAUGGGUCAUCAGCCUGACGCCUCUGUCUCAGCCUGGACCCUCGUCCAACAUCGUCGGCCAGUCUGUAGAAGAGGCCAUCAGAGGGGUGUUCGAUGCCUCUCUGAAAAUGGCCGUCUUCUACGGCCUCUACACGUGGCUCACUCACACCAUCUUUGGCAUCAACAUCGUCUUCAUUCCGUCUGCUCUGGCUGCCAUACUGGGUGCCGUGCCGUUCUUGGGGACCUACUGGGCAGCGGUGCCGGCUGUGUGCGACCUGUGGUUGGCGCAGGGUGAAGGGGUCAAGGCUCUGCUGCUGCUCAUCUGUCAUCUGCUCCCGACGUAUUUUGUGGAUACAGCCAUCUACUCUGACAUAUCAGGGGGCGGACACCCGUACCUGACAGGUCUGGCAGUAGCAGGCGGGGCUUACUAUCUGGGUCUGGAGGGGGCGAUUAUUGGGCCCAUCCUCCUCUGUAUCCUGGUAGUGGCGGCUAACAUCUACAGCGCCAUGCUGAUGAGCCCCAGCUCUGCACUAACCACACCGGUGCAGCCAAACUGGCCCGUCCACCCCAUGAGGGCCUUCGCUGACUCCACCCCUUCAACCCUGAAGACCACUGAGACAAAGUGAAAGGGGUGUGUCCUUGUGGAACAUCAGCUGGCUUCCUAUUGGCUGAUUCUUCGGGGAACUCGCGCCCCCCUUUGGAGCUCGUGACACGCUCUGCGAGGUCGACCUGGA